AUGCCGCUUCACUGGCCGGACCUCCCGUACGAGGCGAGAGAAACCGCGGGCGCGCGCGUCGCGCAAAAAAAGAGCGAGGACUUCGCCGCGGACGCGCCCGCGCCCGCGCGCGCCGCCCCCGCGGAUCCCGACGCGACGCAGGGGCGUCCGAGGGAUCCUCCGGAGCCCCCGAAGCCGAUUCGACGACGACGACGCGGCGACAUCGACCUCGCGGACCUCGUGGACGACCCGUUCUACUCCUCCGCGACGUUCCACACCGCGGUGAUGGACCGCGCGAGGAAAUGGCGCCUGGCGAUCAUCCGCGGCGGCGCGGGCGCGCACCAGAUCUUCCUCUGCGCCGGCGCGUUCUUCGGGUUCGCGUGCUCGCUAAAAGCCCUCCGCGCGAGGCGCGACGGAAACGCGGUCGCGACCGCGGACGACGACGCGGCCGCCGCCGCCGCCGCGCUUCUCUCCUUCCGCGUCGCGGUCCAGGUCAUCUUUUCGUGUCUCUACGUCCUCGCGUGCGUUUCCGCGCUCGCGUUCCGGACCGCGAACGCGCGCGCGUACGAGCGCGUCUACGAGAGUUGGUGCGAAGGCGUGAAUCUCGCGGGCGUCCUCGCGAGGGAGGCGAGCCUCUACGCGGGCGCGGACUGGGCGACGCUGCUGCGGUUCGGAUCCGUCGCGCAGUCGCUCUUCGCGACGCGGUUCGAGUUUAGACGCCAGAGCCGGUAUUUCAUCGCGCGGCAGGCGUUGGAGUUUGUGCUCGGGUGCGCGAGGAAGGCGUCGAAGGACGUCGGGGGCACAGCUGGCGGGGGAGGUUUUCGCGGCGCGGAGGUUUUCGUCGACGCGUUUCUCUCGCGCGCGUGUUCCGGCUCGGAAAUCGCGCGGCUUCUCGCCUUAUCCGCGGCCGGCCUCGUCGUGAUGUACUCGCUCGAGAAGGAGGACCUGCGACGGUUUCUCGCGACGUACGCGGAGGAGGACAGAGCGGAGGCGGAGAGAAGGCGGCGCGCGGCGGCGGCGGUUUCGGCGACGCGGGAAGCGAGGGCUUCGGCGUCGAGCCCGCCAGCUGUGCGCGCGGCGGGGGGGUCGGGCUCGUCGGAGGAGGAGGAGAGCCGCGGGUUUGGGAUCGACGCGAGUCCGGGAGGGUUGAGGGCGAGGCGGUCGAGGCGCGAGGAGUCCGAUCGCUGA